GGCUCAGCAUCAGCAAUGAAUGUAGGAAAUGAUGCAGUUGAAGAAGGUUGAAGGGCAUGUCUUUUAACAAAUCAGAGAACAAACAGAUAUAGCACUAAAUAUCAAUUCCCCAAUAGGAUUUCAGUGGGCGUGAGUAAAACGUUGUAGCACUGUAAGCUUCGAUGUUGCGUUAUUGAAUGACUCAUUGCACAUUAGGAGGUUGAAUCUUUCGGAAGGCUGUUGUAUUUCGGUGGUUCUCUAGAAAUAAAACAAAAAAACCAAUCAACAGGAUUGAAAUGUUACAGUUUAGGUUUUCGACAGCGUUAAAGGAGUUUUUUCAGACCAAUCUGAAGCGUUCUUUGGCAGGUGUUUCAAAAAAUAAAGUGUCAUUCGUGACCUACUGUUUAAGCGCUGCUUCUCUGGAUGUCCAAGUGGUGUCUAAACUGAAGCCCUUUCAUGCCGGAGGAUAUAGAUCCGUUUUUCAGCCGCUAGUCGGGUGUAGACCCUUUUGCUCCAAAUCUGAAGGCGCAGUAGCAGAGACUGAGCAGCGGAAGCACAAUGAUAACAGCAAAGAAGCUGCGGCGGAGAAGAGAAGAAAAGCGGGCAUAUUGCCCAGUCUCGAGGAUCUGUUGUUCUACACAAUUGCUGAAGGACAAGAGAAAAUUCCAGUUCACAAAUUUAUCACUGCUUUAAAAGCCACAGGACUGCGAACGGGAGAUCCUAGGCUGAAGGAGUGCAUGGACAUGCUGAAAGUCACCCUCCAGUCCACCUCAGAUGGGGUGAUGCUAGAUAAGCAUCUUUUCAAAAAGUGUGUUCAGAGCAACAUUGUACUGCUAACACAAGCCUUCAGGAAGAAAUUUGUUGUUCCUGAUUUUAUGUCUUUCACCUCUCACAUUGAUGAGCUGUACGAGAGUGCCAAAAAGCUUUCUGGUGGGCAGGUUGCUGAUUAUAUUCCACAGCUUGCCAAGUUCAGCCCAGACUUGUGGGCAGUUUCACUGUGCACAGUGGAUGGACAGAGGCAUUCUGUUGGAGAUACCAAAGUACCAUUUUGUCUGCAGUCCUGUGUGAAGCCAUUGAAGUAUGCAAUAGCUGUGCAUGAUCUUGGUACAGAGUAUGUACACAGAUAUGUUGGAAAAGAGCCCAGUGGAUUACGAUUUAACAAACUGUUCCUGAAUGAAGAUGAUAAACCCCACAAUCCUAUGGUGAAUGCUGGAGCAAUUGUGGUUACCUCUCUGAUAAAGCAAGGAGUGAACAAUGCAGAGAAGUUUGACUAUGUUAUGCAGUUUUUGAAUAAAAUGUCUGGCAAUGAAUAUGUAGGAUUCAGCAAUGCCACCUUCCAGUCUGAACGCGAGUCUGGGGAUCGGAAUUUUGCUAUAGGGUAUUACCUGAAAGAGAAGAAGUGCUUCCCUGAAGGAACAGAUAUGACAUCAAUACUAGACUUUUAUUUCCAGUUAUGCUCUAUUGAGGUGACAUGCGAGAGUGCCAGUGUAAUGGCUGCCACAUUGGCUAAUGGUGGGUUCUGCCCCAUCACUGGUGAGAGGGUGCUGAGUCCAGAGGCUGUCAGGAACACGCUAAGUCUGAUGCACUCUUGUGGCAUGUAUGACUUUUCCGGACAGUUUGCUUUCCACGUUGGCCUCCCGGCUAAGUCUGGAGUUUCAGGAGGCAUUUUGCUGGUGGUACCCAAUGUGAUGGGCAUCAUGUGCUGGUCUCCACCUCUGGAUAAACUUGGCAACAGUGUCCGGGGAAUCCAGUUUUGCACAGAUCUGGUGGCCUUGUGCAAUUUCCACAACUAUGACAACUUAAGGCACUUUGCAAAGAAACUCGAUCCUCGCAGAGAAGGAGGGGACCAGCGGGUGAAGUCGGUCAUAAAUCUUCUGUUUGCCGCAUAUACAGGGGACGUGUCUGCUCUCAGGAGGUUUGCUUUGUCUUCUAUGGACAUGGAACAGAGGGAUUAUGAUUCCCGGACUGCUCUACAUGUAGCAGCAGCAGAAGGUCAUGCUGAUGUUGUUCGCUUUUUACUGGAAGCUUGCAAGGUCAACCCCGUACCAAAAGAUAGGUGGGGUAACACACCAAUGGAUGAAGCUGUACACUUCGGACAUCAUGAUGUUGUGACAAUCCUUCAAGACUAUCACACCAAGUACUGUCCGCAGGAUAAUCCUAACAAUGGAAAAGAUACAGCAGAAAAAAAUCUGGAUGGAUUACUGUAACUAUGCAAUCAAAUGUUUAAUUUUCAAACCAGAUUUUUUGGAGAGAUGCUGUUGGAUAAUAUUUCUGAGUGUAUGAGUGUUUUAUUUUUUAGAUUAAUAUUUUGUGUUACAUACACGGUUUUGCUUUGCUUAAUUUGUGGUUGCUCACGUUGCAAUAGUUGUGUUCUCCCGUCGAAACUUCCCUGGGCACUGUGUGGAGUAGCUGUAUGUGAGUAGCUGUCAUUCAUUAUAUAAAGUAUAAUAAUGUAUUUAUGGAAAUUGUAUAUUAAUUUAUGUUGUAAUUAUUUCAUUUCCUAAUUAGCUGGUAUGACAGAAAUGGUCAUUGGUGUAAAUAGUGUUUUAACCAUAAUAUUACAAUUGCACUGUUGUAGUCAUUUAUAACCUGUGGAUAACACCUUUUCCCAGACUGAUGAUGCUGAAGGCUGUUUUAAAAACAUUAGAUGUUUGGCACACUAGCUACAAAGAAUAUGUUGCUGUGGGGCCAUGAAGCUUGUGAAAAGCCCAAACAGUAGCAAGGUGUUUUGGCACUAUUAACACAAUAAGGAUACAUAGCUUAAGAGAUGUACACAAUAUUUAAUAGCCUAAGCCUUGCACAUUUUAUGGUUCCGAUUUAAAAUAUAAUUAAAGUGAGAUUUUGUUUGUUUUUUAUGUGUGACAAAAAAUACAUGUAAAACUGAAAGCUACAGUGCAUUUGUGUGUGAGUGCAUGUGUAUGGUUUUAAAAGCUAAAGAACUGCAGAGUCCUCAAACAACAUGAAAAAACUUUCAAUUAAUACUAAACAGUAUUUUGUAAUUCUGUAAAUUAAAACAAAAAUGGCAAAAACAUAAUCUAGACCUGAUUUAGGAUUCACAACUAUUACCAUUUUAAUGGAGCAAUUUAAGUUUUAAAUACAGUACAUUAGUUGAACUACUCUACUACUGGAACAGAGGAAAAUAUGUACAUUUUGUAAACCUGUCCAGUAUAGCUAAAAUUUUUUGUUUGAUGCUGGCAAAUUACGAUGGGCAAUAUUUGUUUAAAAUAAUCCCACAAUAUCAUUUCAGGAAUGGAGUUACAGGGUUAAUAUUAUCACAAGGUUUUUCCAGUUUAUAAACACUUAAGAUUUGGUAUUUUCUUUAUUCGUGUUCAUACUUUCCUGUAGCUUUUCCAAAGCAAUUUAUUUAUAUGCGUUUCUGAAGCUGGAGUUUCUAGUUGAAACGUUGUUCUGAAUGUUUUCAUAUUCUUUUUGAACAUAUUUCAAUUUAAAUAGUGAUAUAAACUGUAUCUAUAAUCCUGCUGGCAAAGUAAGAUGUUUAUUUUGGUGAUCAAUGUUAAAUAAAGUACUGCUGCAAGGCAAA